UCGCGUAGUUUCACUUGACUCAGGAGCAAAAUCUUUCAGGAACAAUCAGCAUUCGCAAGAAAAACAGAAAUUAAGCAUAUUCAAUCAACUUGUCAGAAUUUUUAAUAAAUCUGUGAAUGGACAAGUUUUACAAGAUGAGGGCCGAAGUAUUCAUAGUAUGGCUUCACUAUAACGAUGAGGUUUUUCUCGCUGGUUCCAAAACCGAAUGAUUGAAGGGAAGGAGUUGAUCUUCAAUGUCUGUGCCCACGUUUCUGUACAUCCUGCCCUGUGCUAGCAGCCAAAAAAUGGCACGGCCUGAGUGGUGGGGCUCUUUGAAGCGGUGCCUCCUGUAGAUACUACCGGUGGUGGGGGUGUUGGGGGAUACCUAAAUUCAACCUCGGUUGUGGUAGAGUGACCAACCCUCCGGCUGAUGGAUUCCAAUAAGAAUGGAAACUGGGCUGGAGUUCCGGCUGUUGCUAUAAUCGGCCCGCCGAAAGUUAACUGUACCAGAUCUGAACUUGGCAGUAGCAUGAGAGAAAGCGGGAGAGAGCUGGGAGGAAGGUGGUCGGAGGCGGCAGCAGAUGGUCUCAAUCACUUUGAUUAAAGUGCUGGCGACUUCUCUGAUCUUGAGCUCCGUGAUGUUUUAAACAUGCAGGGUCGCUCGGAGAAAAGCAGUCAAACGUGAAAGCAAUGGGAUCCGGGAUGUGGGUUUUCAUUGUAAAAGGACUGGUUGCUAAUCGGUAUUUGUAUCGUCACUCUGAGGUAGUUCAUGUUUUAAUCUAUAAACGAUGCACAAAGGGCUCAGUUUAAACAUUGAAGCAGCGGGACUUCAGGACUUGAAGUACUGUGGCUAAUUAUGGUACAAAAAGUCGAAUUAACCACCUUUUUUGCUAUUUUCCUCAAAAGCGGGUUUGCUCAUUAUUAGUGACCCGGUUUACAACCGCUCCCCGACUGAAGCAGCUUCUCCGGUUUGCGGCGAAAUGCCACCGCGCGUGUCCCGACUGCAACACACUCAAAAUGUAAGAAGUGCUGGCUUUCCCGGGCUGCGAGGGCUCGGUGUAUCCCUUCAGAUUAAAGUGAAAGUUCUCACUGUCUUUCCAGCGUGAAAAAGCAGCCUAAUCUUCCCUUAAAUUGUCUUUCACAGAAACUCGAAAUCAGCGUCCCAGGCGUACUGGUGACUUGCCGGCUCGCAGCGCUUAACAAGAGCUCCCGGCUGAAGAGUCAAACUCGGGUUCCUUCUUUUUAUAUAGUGAACUUUAUUACCAAACUGGCGAAUUAAAAGAAGCUGCAACUAUUUAAUCUCGUGCAAAUUUUCAUAAUCCCUCCUCCCUUUGUGACUACUCGCGCUUUUCGAAUCGUAUAUAAAUACCGUGUCUGACUCUUGGACCAGCUGUAAGUGUUCCUCUACCGGAGCCAAUGGAGGGUUAUCCCGCAUCCUCCUUAGCUUAUGCGUGUGUCAUCAGCGUAGUAGGCACUAUUGCUUUUCUGAGACUGAUCAUGGCUGAAAUACAACUGACUCAUCGCCUGGUCAUUUACGCGAUACUCCUCGUCGCCCUGGAAAGGAUCUGUUGCAUUUUUCUGGCGGGCUUUUCAGGAAUUCUGAUCUUCACUGCUGCAUGUUUCCUAGUCAUUCAAGCACUGUCCCCGCCUAAAUUACCUGUGCAAGGGAAAGCUGUAUUCAUUACAGGAUGUGAUUCAGGCUUUGGAAAGUCCAUUGCUCAACAUCUUGACUCGCUGGGCCUCCAGGUUUUUGCUACAGUACUGAACAAGGAUGGGCAAGGAGCAAGAGAACUGCUUCAGUGCUGCUCAGAGAAGCUUACCUUAAUCCAGAUGGAUCUCACUAAACCUGGAGACAUUGACAAAGCCUUGCAGAUCACAAAGGACAAGCUUGGUGAGAAAGGUUUAUGGGGUUUGGUCAACAAUGCUGGAAAGUGCUUCAAUAUUACUGAUGCUGAACUCUCGGCUAUGUCCAAUUACAGAGACUGUAUGCAAAUCAACUUCUUUGGUGCUGUAGCCAUCACACAGGGCUUCCUUCCAUUGAUACGCAGAACAAAGGGAAGAAUAGUGAAUGUUUCCAGUCCAGUGGGGGAUUUUCCUUUACCAUAUUUAUCAGCUUAUGCUGCUUCAAAAGCUGCACUCUCUGUGUUCUCAAGUAUCUUGCGCCUGGAGUUGAGUAAUUGGGGAGUGAAAGUCUGCACCAUACUUCCUGGAUUCUAUAAAACGGCUCCAUCAUGUAAUCCUGAAUACUGGGAAAACCAAGUGCAGCACCUCAUAAAAGACAUUUCUACAGAGCUGCUGCAGGACUACGGAGAAGACUAUAUGUUAGAAACAAAGGACCUGUUCCUGAAGUACAUCACCACCGCCAAAGAGGACUUGAGCCCAGUGGUUGAAAGCAUCACAGAUGCCAUCCUAUCUUCAAAUCCAAAGCCAAGAUAUUAUGCCGGAAAGGAGAUGAUCAUUAUGUACAUUCUGCUUUAUGUUUUACCAACAUCAUUAAGUGAUUUAAUUUUCAGCAGGUCUUUCCUACUUAAGAAAGUCUUACCAAAAGCUUUACAAAAAUAGGCUGAUAUGGGGAAAGUCCGGAAAUGGACAUUUUCUUAAAUAGUCUGUUUUAAUCAUUCUCAAUGUAUUAAUUGCUCAUUUGAUUAGGGAGUCAUGAACAUGUGUGACUGGAAUUAAUGAAGGUGGAUGUGGACAUAUGGGAUAAAUUUUCACCUUCAUUUCAGGGUAAUAUUCUGAUGGGUCAGAUUGUCAAACUGUUGUAGAAUCUCAACCUGCCCAGUGGAGUUCAGAAUUCAUUCCAAUAGAUGGUACUGAUGAAAAUUACCAAACAUAUGAUGCUUGGGCAUUUUACAUUUAAAAUGCCGGGUGUAGAAAUGUAGCUGGUUUCACAUAACUCCAUCCCCAGUCAAUGAUUACACAAUGUUCUGCGUUUACAGAUAGAUAGAUAGUUAGAUAGAUAGAUACUUUAUUCAUCCCCAAGGGGAAAUUCAACAUUUUUCCAGUGUCCCAUACACUUAUUGUAGCAAAACUAAUUACAUACAGUAUUUAACUCAGUAUAAAUAUGAUAUGCAUCUAAAAUCACCCUCCCAAAAAGUAUUAAUAAAUAGCUUUUAAAGAGUUCUUAAAUAGUUUACUAAAGUGCAUUGAGUGGUAACUUAAGAUCAGUCCUAACCCCGGCACUUUAACAUGUCUUGCCCCUGGUGGUUGAAUUGUAGAGCUGAAUGGCGUUGGGGAGUAAUGAUCUCUUCAUCCUGUCUGAGGAGCAUUCCAUUGACAGCAACCUGCCGCUGAAGCUGCUUCUCUGUCUCUGGAUGGUGCUGUGCAGAGGAUGUUCAGGGUUUUCCAUGAUUGACCGUAGCCUACUCAGCGCCCUCCGCUCUGCCACCAAUGUCAUACUCUCCAGUUCAGUACUGUAUGAGUUGUUUAACUUGUACAGCAUCCACUGACUUGCUUCAUUGAUAGUGUGGGGACUAUGAAAGGUAAAACUCCAAUGCAGUUUUAGCUACAAACAAUUGUAAAAUAGCAUCUGCAAUUGAAGUUCAACAUAAAUUCUAGAACUAUUUUUGUACAACAUUCUCUUGCUGCAGACUAAAUUAUUAGGAAAAUUCGUAAUGUUUCUACAAGUUGUUUAAAUAAUCAACCAAUUGUUUGGCCAAAAGCUCCUGGAACUCAUUGCCUACAAACAGCUUUCUAAGAAUUUUGUAUAAUGGCUAAUAAUUUUCUCUUUUAAGAAAGACAGAGUUGUGGGUUGUGUCUGGAAGUCUCUCUAGUUAGAAAUAAUCAGUAAUGUUAUAGGAAAUGCUGAUCAAUAUGAGCCCAAUGAGGGAAUUUUUUUUAAAAUCCCUAACCAAUGCUUAAGUCUGCAUUUGCAAAGAAAAUUUACACCUGGGAUUGGACGUAAACUACACCAAACAAGUUUAAAUUUGUGUACUAUUGCUGCUUGUUACUUAUUGCCAAAUGUCUUUUGAGGUUGAUGAACUAUCUGCUAUGAAUCUUAAAAGUAUCCGAUAAAUCUGGAUGUGGGAUGUAUAGUAUAAAAAAAGCUAUGGUAUAAAAAAUUGCAUUGGUUGUUACUGCAGUCUUUUGUUAUGUAUACUGGAUAUACAUUUGUUUGUGUCUAUACUGAAUGGAUACAUAUUGUCAUCUUUGCCAAAGUUGUGUAUUUAUCAUGAAUUGUAAUUUUGGCUCCUGGUUCAGUCGUUAACAUUUGCAAACAAUAUUGACAUCCUUGGAGGUGGUUUAGUGUUUCUUAAUGGGUGCAAUGGCUUGCAUGGAAAGUUAAACUUUGAUAUUUGACCUCUUUAAGACUGAUUUAUGAAUGUUCUGAAAUAAAUUCAGCAAAUGGAGAAUGACCUUCUCUGUUUCACUAACGUCCUUUUCAUACCUGCAGGUUACUUCAGCAAUGCAUAUAAAUCUUCCAGGCUUGAAUGUAACUCUAUCUUCUUCUCUAAAACAAUAUUUUAUUGAAUUUUACAUAUUUCACAUUUACAAAUAAACAAUAAGAAUUAAACUAAAUAGUGAAACAUGUCCUUAUGUUUUUCACAAUCAUCAAAGGAAAAGAGAUAUAACAUCUCACAUACUUCACAUAUUUAAUAAAGAAAUAAAAAACAUCAGGAAAAAACCAUAGGAGCAGUCAACAAUACACAGCUAUUUCAAAAUGACUGUGUACCUUGUCGUCCAAGAAACUCCAAUAAAGGUUUCCACUCAUUUUCAAAUUCUCCUGCCUUACCCCUGGUUAAUUGAGUCGGUCUCUCCAAUACAAGACAAG